GUCAUACUUUGGUUUAUCAAAGUUGUUCAAACACACCAACAUGCCAUUAAUUGAUGACAUUGAAGAGGAUGAAGAUACAAUCAAGAUUCUAUUGACUACCGAUAAUCACGUUGGUUAUAAUGAAAACGAUCCAAUAAGAGGAGAUGACGCGUGGAAGACAUUCAAUGAAAUCACCAAGUUAGCGAAAGAACAUGAGGUAGACCUUCUUGUUCAAGGUGGUGACUUAUUCCAUAUCAAUAAGCCAUCGAAGAAGUCAUUAUUCCAUGUGAUGAAAUCGUUGAGAUUGAAUUGUAUGGGUGAUAAACCAUGUGAAUUGGAAUUGUUAAGUGAUCCAAGUGUUGGUCUUUCUAACGCUUUCAAUACCGUCAAUUAUGAAGACCCAAAUUUAAAUAUAUCAAUACCAGUGUUUGCUAUUAGUGGUAAUCAUGAUGAUGCAACCGGAGAUGGAAAUUUACUGCCAUUGGAUGUUCUUUCAGUCACAGGUUUAAUAAAUCAUUUUGGUAAAGUACCAGAUAGUGAAUCCAUCACAGUGUCACCUUUAUUGUUGCAAAAGGGUAAUACAAAGUUAGCAUUAUACGGUAUGGCGAAUGUGAGAGAUGAAAGACUACAUAGAGCAUUUAGAAAUGGGAUAGUUAAGUUUCAAAGACCAAAUAUUCAAACUGAUCUGUGGUUUAAUUUAUUCUGCAUCCAUCAGAAUCACGCACAACAUUCUAUAACGUCCAGUAUUCCAGAGAGGUUUCUUCCUAGUUUCCUAGAUUUCAUAUUAUGGGGUCAUGAACAUGAAUGUAAACCUCAUCCAAUUUUCAAUCCAGAUACCAAAUUUGAUGUUUUACAAGCUGGAUCAUCAGUGGCGACUUCUUUAACUGAAGGAGAAGAAGCAGAGAAGUUUGCAUUUAUAAUGACCAUAAAGGGAAAGAACUAUUCGAUUGAACCUAUCAAGUUAAAAACUGUAAGGCCCUUCAUAAUGAAAGAUAUUGCAUUACUGAAAACGGAUCUUAUGACUGGAACAGCUUCAAAAUCAGACGUGAUAGCUUAUUUGAUCACUGAAGUUGAAAAAAUAAUCGAACAAGCCAAGGUAAUGUUUAAAGAAAAGAAUCCUGAUUUGUUUGAUGAAGAUGAUGAUACAGAAAGUGAAGCAAAGAAGAUACCGUUGCCAUUAGUAAGAUUGAAGGUUGAAUAUUCUGGUGGAUAUGAAAUUGAAAACCCAAGAAGAUUUUCCAAUAGAUUUGUGGGCAAGGUUGCUAAUGUUGAUGUUAUACAAUUUUACAAGAAAAGAACAUUCGAACCCACUAAGAAGACCAAAUUCGUGGAUAAAGAUUUGUUUGAAUCUGGAUUAAGCUCCAAGAAGGCUACUGAGCUUAAAUUGCAAGAUCUUAUUAAUGAAUUCUUAAGACAAGCAGAUUUAUCGUUAAUCCCAGAAGCAGGAAUAAAUAAUGCAGUUAAUAAGUACAUCGAGAGCGAGGAUAAGAAUACUUUAAAUCAUUACAUUAAGAGUGAAUUAAAGAAGGAGACGAAAAUGUUGCUUAAUAUUGAUAUUGAUGAUCAAGAGUUUCAUGGUCUGGAUGAAAAACAUUCAGCCAAGGUUUUCAAACAAUUACUUGCUCAAAUCAAAACCGACAAACCUGUAGCUGUUGAUGAUGAAGAGGAUAAGAACAACACUGACACUUUAAAUACUACAAAAGCUAAGAAGAAUAACAGAAGAAAACAACUUGAAUCAGAUAGUGAAAUGGAAGAAGAAGAAGAAGUUCCAGCCAAGAAGACAACCAGGGCCAGGAAAACUCCAGCAAGAUCAUCAAAAGCCAAGAGUACCGAAAUUGUUGUUGAUGAUGAUAGUGAAGAUGAUGAUAAUUUUUUGAUGAGUGAUGGCAACGAUGACGAUGAUGAAGAAAUCGUAUCUGUUGAUAGUGAAGAGGAAGUGAUACCAAAGAAAACUAGAGGGAGACAAACUACUGCAAAAGCAGCAAAGUCUACAAAAAGGAAAUCAAAUCUCAAAGAUAGUAUUAUGCGGAUUUAAUAUUGUAUAUACAAGGAAUGAGUGG